AUGGCCGGAUUCUUGUUUAAUAUUGACAACGGAUACUUGGAAGGGCUCUGUCGCGGAUUUAAAGCCAGUAUUUUGAAGCAGUCUGACUAUCUGAACUUGGUGCAGUGUGAAACGCUCGAUGAUCUGAAACUUCAGCUGCAGAGCACCGAUUACGGGCCAUUCCUUGCUAACGAAAGCUCGCCACUUACGGUUUCUAUAAUCGAAGAACGGCUCCGCGAAACGCUGCAUAUCGAAUUCCGGCACAUGCGCAAUCAAGCCGUUCAGCCAUUAGCCGAGUUUCUGGAUUUUAUCUCCUACAGCUACAUGAUCGAUAACACGAUCUUGCUUAUUACGGGAACGUUGCACGCGCGACCUGCUUCCGAUCUCAUUGCCAAAUGCAAUCCACUCGGUCGAUUCGAACAAAUGGAAUCCAUCAACGUAGCAAUGACUCCGGCCGAUCUCUACAAUGCGAUCCUGAUCGACACUCCGCUCGCACCUUUCUUCAUCGAUUGUAUGUCCGAACAGGAUAUGGAUGAAAUGAACAUCGAAAUCAUGCGCAACACACUGUACAAGGCCUACCUGGAGAUGUUCUACGACUUCUGCAGGCAGGUGGGCGGAACAACGGCCGAAGUGAUGUGUGACAUACUGGCAUUUGAAUCGGAUCGUCGUGCGCUCAUCAUAACGAUCAAUGCACUCGCGACUUCCCUGCCCAGAGAUGAUUAUGUUCGGCUCUACCCAUGCUGUGGCCGGUUGUUUCCGGAUGGUUUGAUCGCACUUGGUCGUGCGACCGACUACGAGCAAGUACGAUCGGUUGCAUCACGUUACUCCGAAUACGGCGCACUGUUCGAACAGUCCAACCAUCCUGAUGACCGAUCGCUGGAAGAAAAAUUGUCCGCACACGAAGCGAAAUUGCACGCGCGCAGCUUUAUGCAGCAGUUUCAUUUUGGUGUAUUCUAUUCAUACCUAAAGCUGAAAGAGCAAGAGUUCCGCAAUAUUGUUUGGAUUGCCGAAUGCAUUGCACAAAACCAGCGCGGUAGAAUAGAAAAUUAUAUUUCAUUGCUAUGA